UAGACAAUCAUGCUGAACCAAAUAACUUUGCGGUCCCUUUCGUUCACUCCAAAAUUGAGAGCCAGACUGAUCAAAUUCAGAUAUGGAAGUUCCAGGAGCCAACCAAACUCAACUCCCAAAUCACAGGAAGGAGCAACACAAAUUAAACAAGCUCAAUCGACAGAACCGAUUUGGGACUUUCAAAUUCCACAAAGAUUCAAGAGGAAACCCUUAGAUGACCAAGAAAUAGCAGUCAUCAACAAUGGGGGACCUUUGUAGUAGUAGUAUGAAAAUUUAGUAUUACUUACCCUAUUAUUGUAUAAUUUAUUAAUUCCUUUAGUUUUGAAAAAUAAAUAUUCACCUGAUC